CCGACAAACGGAUUCUUGAACGAAACCCUAUUUUAAGCGCGCGGUCAAAUGCCUCCGUCACAUCCCGAGAGAUGCAUUUUACUUUAACAAUAACAUCAACGGUUUUAUAUUAAGGAUCCUUCAGGGUUAUACGUUGUGGCUCAGGUUUUUAGUGAUUUAUGACUAUUGUGAAAAAAAAUGUGACAGGAGAGAGAUUAAAUUUUAUAUCUUAUCGAAAGAUAGUAUCAAAGUUAUGUGCGUUAAUUAAUUGUUCACCUGCGAUGGUAGUGCUCGACAUAAAUUGAUUCUAUAAGUGAAAAUGUGCAAAUGCUGUCUACACUGUCUAGAAUCAUGCUACUGGAACUUGAUAGAGGAGAAAUUCUGCUUCGACGUAAACAUCGCCCUCUACGAGGAACCGGUCAAGCAUAUACCAGAAGGCGAAAAAAAUAAUAAUAUAUUUGACAAUAUGGCGUUUUACGACAGUGUGUCGGUUAUAGCCGGUCGCUCAAUAGUUACGAUCGACCCCAAAGACACGCCAAAAAAGAAACUGGAACUCCGACAGCCUGUUGUGAUCGAGCAACAGCCUAAAAAAAGACUGAAAUGGCCCGAAAAGAAUUCCAAGGAUCUCGGGACCGAUUAUUUAAACGGUGCAUUGUUUACACAGGAAGAAAAGCACAAUAAUUUACCAACUACUGAUUCUGAAGGGAGCAACGAAAGCGAGACUCAGCAGAAGCUUAUUCAGAAAAAAUCACCCCAAAAGUUGACAGAAAAAUUCCCGAUAAAAAAAUCGGUGAGUUUUCACAACAUUCCUGAUAAAACGUCUUCCAGUUCGGGGGAGGAGAGUGACUGUAAAACAAAAAGCGAUAGCCUCACUGUUCCAGAGGAGGAGGAAGUGACUCUCAGAGGGAAAUCUUUAAGAGAACGCCGGAUGUCUAAAAGUUUAUCUUUAAAGAUUGGAGACUUCCACAAGGAACUACCUAUCAUCCGCCAAAACUCCAUGCCGAAAUUCUAUCUAGACACUCCAGACGAGAACCAAUUAAAGGACUCGACACUAGUAAAAAGCACCCCCCUACAAGCGCUAAAAAGUCCGAUGACCUCAUCCAGUGAGUUCAAUUUUGACUUGUACUCAGUAGUUCAGAUCGAAAAGGACAGACAGAGUACACAAGCUAAGCACCCUCCUGUCCCUAUACAUAGGGAAACUUCUAAGUUAAACUUAAUUAAGGAUAAGUUCUUGCUAAAGAAAAGUAAGAGCACUGUGAGCGCGAGUAAUUUGCCUUAUAGUAAUUAUAUGUAAUGUGAGAGUAAUUUAUUUUAGAUGGAAAUCUUCUGUUAAUUUUCUUAGACUAUCCAGUUAUAUUUUGCCGCAGAUUUUCAUUUUAGACUGAUUUGACCUUUUGUAAAUAUUUCUUUAAUUUAUAUAUACGCGUGCCUUGUAGUUAAUAAAAUAGAUUUAAAAUUA